AUGCUGCGGUACUUGGUCCUGAUCUCAUGCUCCUUUGCGAUUGCCUAUUCUGGAGCAUGUGACGAGGGUGCAAGUUUGGGCCCGAAGUGCAAGGCCUUUCUCAACUACCUCAUCCCCAACUUGACGGCCGUUUUCAAGCCGACCGAAGAGGUGGUGUGCAUGAUUAACAACGACUUGGGUACAUGCGUGCCGGAAGGAAAGACUUUUGCGCAAUGCGCGGCAGUGCUGGCGAGCAAAAGCGGCGAUUACAAGAACAAACUCAUCGCCACCCGUGCCGAUCUGCUCGGCACGCUCACCACGUUCCAGAAUUGCUUGUCAAACCUUAAGGACGGCGACUACGCGUCCUUCCUGAAACGUACCGUCAUAGCCGGGAUGAGCGCCAUUCUGAAGGCACCUUACAAUAAGGCGAUCCUGACCAAGAUAAAGCAGAUGAUCCAAAACGGCAAGUCACUUGCUGAGCGGACCGAAACGGCCUGUGAAACCGGCACCGCCAUGACCACCAAUCCGCUUAUCGUCAAGGUGGUCAAGAAGGUCAUGUCGCUGACGUUCAAGCAAUCCUGGCAAGAAUGUAUCGUGCCACUUAUGAGACCGAGGGAUCUCAUCAGUUGGGAAAUGCGCUCAAUUUUCUUCCUUGCCAUCCUUUUGGCCUCGACGUGUGCGACGGUCCAGCUGAGCGGCCAGGUGAAGGCGUUCGUCCAGAAGCUGCUCAAUAAGGUCACCACGCCAAAAUUCUUCACCGUCACCGACAAGUUGAUUUGCGAUGUUGGCAACGACACGGCCACCUGGGCGGCCCAGAAUUGCGCGCUUUCUGAGCUUAUUGACAAUAUGAGCGCCAAGGGCUCCUCCUAUCAAAACACGCUCAUCACGACCAAAGCCAGCCUAGCCAACUACCUGUUCACCUUCAUCCAAUGCUUGAGCGAUUGCAAAGACAACGGCCUCACCGACUUCAUCAAGGGCACUAUCGGGUUCGCGCUCUCAAACACGCUGACGAAGCCGUACAACACGUGCGUGACGCAAAAGAUGCCGGCCAUGAUCAGCGCGGGCAAGACGAUUCUGCAGCGCCAGGAGCAGUGCAGCAAGUGCGGCGUUGCCGCGAUGACGGACGACUUGAUCACCAAAGUUGUUAAGACGACGAUGCAGCGAACCUUCGUGAAUACGUGGACUAAAUGCGUGCGCCCGCUUAUCACCUGCGGCAUGCUGAACAUCACCCAGUACAUCCCGACGGCUGGCCCCGAGAAGACGUGCCUGGCCAAGGGGCCCUCCAAGCUGUGGACC